GGAGCAUGGCCACCAGGGUGCUGGAUACUAUCUUCCCUCCAUCAGUCUCCUUGAGCAUUGGACCUCGACCAUGGCCGAACAACUCACCACACCUCCAGUGCUUUCAACGCCGGACACCCAUAUCCUGACCGAGGACAUUCCGGACGCUAUUCGCUCUGGUGCAACAGAAACCCUGUCCGAAGAGGAGCUGGAGGUCAGAUAUGAGAUCAGUAGGACGAUUGCUGAAAUCAGAAAGCGAAGAUGGAGGCGCGUCGCUCUGCAGUUCCCUGACCAUAUGCUCCCUCACUCCGCCCGGGUCUAUCAACUACUAGCCAGAGGAUUGCCACAGGAGAAAACAGGCACCGUGAGCGGUUCUGCGACACUGGACACUGCCAUCUCUGAUCUCGCCAUCUCUGAAGAAAAGCCAGUCAAACUUACUAUUCUUGGCGACACAUCCUAUGGAGCUUGCUGCGUGGAUGAGAUUGCAGCCGAGCAUGUUGAUGCUGAUGCUGUUGUCCAUUAUGGUAGGGCAUGUCUUUCGCCGACUGCAAGACUGCCCGUUUUGCACAUCUACACAACUAUGAAACUUGACUACAAAGAUGUAGUUGAGAAGUUCCAACAAUCGUUCCCUGAUCUAGACACAAAAGUCAUUUUGACUGCCGAUGUCCCAUAUGGCGCACACGUACAGCCAGUAUGUGACAUGCUGCAAGGCCUUGGCUAUAAACACAUGUUUGCAGCUUCGAUCGUUCAUGAUCCCUCUUCCCCAAUCCCUAAUCGGACACUUCCAACCAGCGUUUUCGAAGAUUCUGCAUCAUUGUCUCAAUGGAGCCUUUUUCACAUCUCCGAUCCGCCAACCGCACUCCUUCUCACUCUCACCUCUCGCAUGGCCAGUGUAAGAGUGUACAGCACAGACCUCACUGCCUCCAGCACUUCAACAUCAGCCGCGUUGGAAAAUUCGACCAGACUACUGCUUCGUCGGCGCUACGCUCUGAUCACAUCCCUCACCACCGUGCCUAUCUGGGGUAUAUUGAUCAAUACCCUCAGUGUCAAGAAUUAUAUGAACAUGCUCUCUCAUAUUCAACGUCAAAUUUCCGCGGCCGGAAAGAAAUCAUACCUCUUUGUCGUGGGUAAACUCAAUCCUGCAAAGAUUGCAAACUUCUCCGAGAUUGGCGGCUGGGUGGUGGUUGGCUGCUGGGAGAGCUCCCUGGUCGACAGCAAAGAGUUCUACAGGCCUAUCAUUACACCUUUCGAGUUGGAGUUGGCAUUACAGUCUGACGACACUCGGGUAUGGACAGGCGAAUGGCGGGCAGAUUUUCAAGCUGUUCUCGAAGAUGCCGCGAAAUGGGAACAACAAAUGCAGACUCAAGCGAACGACACUGAUGAAAUUCUCCAGCCUGAGCAGAAUGGAGAAGCCGAGCACGGGCUGGACUCGGAGUCAGAAUCUGAACCUCCUGAAUUUGACCUCCGAACAGGCCGCUACGUUUCCAGGUCGAGACCAAUGCAGAGGACGAGCCAUCUUCAAGGGGCAGCGGGAUCUGGCACCAACGGUAAUCCCUCAACAGCGUUGACGAAAAGGAGCAAGGGCGAUAUAAUCUCUGUCAACGGUAUCGCAUCACCUGCCGCGGAAUACCUGAAGGAGAAACGUGGCUGGCGUGGAUUGGGUAGCGAUUUCGAGGUCAAGUAUGAGGAAGAGAUGGAAGGAAACCUCAUUGAAGAAGGUCGUACAGGAGUCGCUAGAGGAUACACAGUUGGAGAGUCGGCGCCGACUUGAGGUGAACCCAACUCUAAGCAUGCUACAUGCUCAGCAGCACUGUCAUUUUCCCCUUCGCUGUCCCUUUAAAGCUACUUGCUCAGGAUCACGGUCCCAGCGCGUUCGCUAGGUCUGCUAUAUCGUCCAUGUCCUCAAGCUUCCAACAAGCCUUGAUCGUCCUUUCAGCGUUGUCUCCGCCUAACACCGGACUGGCUUGAUCCAAGAACUUCCGCUGGAGCUGUUCAACAGUCAUUGGCCGUGCUAGCGAGCCGGUUGCAUGCUCAAUAUGGAAUGAGCUCUCCAAAACGCCGGUCUCGCCCGGGCGCUCAUACU